CGCCUGCUCAAUGUCCGUGUCCAGCUCCCACACUACCGGCGCCACCAGGCAGGAGGCGGGGAGUAUGAGGGUGGGAUCCGUGGACCGCUUCUCUGUGUCAUACAGCCGGGACAGUGCAUCUGCCUUCACAUUCUGGGAACCUGGUCUGUAGGACAGGGUGAAAACAAAACGGGUAAAGAACAUGGCCCACCUUGCCUGGCGAGGGUUCAGUCUCCUCGCUGCCCAGAUGUACUCCAGAUUGCAGUGGUCAGUCCAAAUGAGAAAAGGGUGUCUAGCCCCCUCAAACCAAUGUAUCCACGCCUUCAAGGCCUUGACGACAGCCAACAGGUCCUGGUCCCCCACGUCAUAGUUCUGCUCCGCCGGGCUGAGCUUCUUUGAGAAGAAGGGACAGGGGCGGAGCUUUGGUGGCGUACCCGAGUGCUGAGAGAGCACGGUUCCUAUCCCAGCCUCGGACUCGUCCACCUCCACUGUGAACGCCAAAGAGGAAUCCGGAUGAGCCAGCACCGGAGUCGAGGUCAUCUGGUUCGGCCGUUGGAAGCCAACGACGCCACACCCAAGAAGAUUCGAGCAAUACAGUUCCUCACCAGGAUAAAUGACGGUGACAAACUCGACUUCUCAUUUGACUCUCAGGAGGACCUCACGCCACUGGAGUCUGCUCUGAGCGUAUUGGACAGCAUCCGCGACGAGUUGCCGGUUCCCCAGAAAGACUUGGAGGGAGUACAGAAGUCUGUCAGAGAAAUGCUGGUGAUUGUGUGCAUUAAGAACCAGGCCUUUGACAAAGCCAAGGAGGUUUUGAUGAAAUACUUCCCCAAAAGCAAGGUUGGAAAGAAAGCGAUCUUCCUGGGGCUGGUCAACAAGAGGAGCAGUGAUCAUUCAGUCCUGCAGCAGGUCACCUACCAGCAGUUUAAACAGGAGAUGCUGCAGUUCUGUCAGAGCCUGUUUCCCUUCUCUCAUCCUUUCCUGUCCAGGGCUGCCAGACAGCUGGUGGUGAAGAGACAGGAUGCAGAGGAAGGAGACUGUCCCUCAGAACCUCAGCCAGAGGACCACCUUUUACCAGCAACAGAGGAGAAGACAUCCAGACACAAACCCAGUCCUCCCCCCGGUGGCGUCCUGCUGACCCGCAGCCAGCUGAUGGCCGUUUAUACAUCCCUGGCCGAGGAGCUGAGGGAGCCCAUGACCUUUGCCGAGCUGGAGGAGGAGGUGGAAAGGGAGGUGAUGGAGGAGAACGCAGCAAAAGGAGGUGCUGCUGUGGACCAAGAGGAACCUCUCCUGCACCUCUCUGAAAGCCCCAGGCAGGGCUCAGACGCUGUGUUGGAGCAGGACGUCCCCAGGUCCCAGAGAGAGUCCGACAGUCCAAUGGAGGCUUCCCCUGCUGACCUGGUUCCCCCUGUUGACCUGGUUCCCCCUGCUGACCUGGUUCCCCCUGCUGACCUGGUUCCCCCUGCUGACCUGGUUCCCCCUGCUGGCCUGGCACCAGGCCCCCAGUGGAAGAGCCGAGGCUGGCCUCAUACCAUAGCCAGGCUGGUUAUGGAGCCAGACAGCCAGGAUUCUACGGCCUCUCAAGAAUCAGUAUCCAAUGGGGAGGAGUCAGUCAGCCGGGCGGACCCACUAAGCUCCGCCUCCACCUACAGCCCACCAACACGGAAGUAUAGAAAACGACGAGCCGGCAAGAUAACCGAAGAGACCUCGUCUGACCCUGAGGAGGAUGUGUGUAUUCUAGAUGACACCCCUGAGCAGAGAGGCUCCGCACCCACCCCCCAGAGAGGAUCUUCACAUAAGAGAAUCCCUACCCCCCCCCACCCCCCCACCCCCAGAGAGAGAAGCUCCACCCACCCCCCAGAGAGGCCCCACCCACCAGAGAAGCUCCACCCACACCCCCAGAGAGGCCCCACCCACCAGAGAAGCCCCACCCCUCAGAAGGCCUCCACCAGUUCUGAGGACAACGCCAGUACUACUGGAGGAGGCAGGAAGAAGAUGUGGACAGCAGAGGAGACGGAGUGGGUGAAGGAGGGAGUGAGGCGCUACGGAGAGGGGAACUGGUCCAGAGUAAAGUCCUCUUUCCCCUUCUUGGGCCGAACCGCCGUGAACAUCAAGGAUCGGUGGAGAACCAUGAAGAAACUCAAGUUGGUCUGA